AGCCUGGUUUUGCAAGAGUCCCCAGUGGCAGUUUCAACCCAGCAGCAGUGGCACCAGCAGCCGGGAGCCAGGCGGUUGCACAAGGUUGUGUUGGGAAUGUUCAGGCUCGCCCUGCUGGCCUGCGAGGCCGCAUUCCUGAACCGACAGAGAUAUCCGGGCCUUCAUGGAGCAAAUGAGGAUUGCAUGGAUGGGGAGAAUCGUACACCUCUACAUUGGGCUGCUUUAUCUGGUUGUGCCUCAAGUGUCUUGCUUCUCUGCGACCAAGAAGCUUUUCUUGAUGUCACCGAUAAGAAUGACCGAACCCCCCUGAUGAUUGCAGCUUACGGGAACCAGACGGCCAUCUGCUCGCAGCUGCUCCAGAGGGGCGCCAAGGUCGACCUCCCGGAUAAGGAGGGCAAGACGGCUCUCAUACUUGCCUGCGAAAAUGGGGGCGUGGAGGCAGCCGACCUUCUCCUGCAGAACGGUGCCAACGUGGCUUUGAUGGACAAGACUGGCCAUGAUGCCCUGUACUACGCCACGCGGAGCAAGAAUCGGAUUCUCCGGAGACAGAUCCAGACUGCCUUGAAGAGAUGGAAAAAACGAGAACUGGGACUGUUUGAUUCGUCAGAAACUGGUUCACAGGUGCCCUCGGAGAGCGGGAAAGACACUGAUGUGAGUAGUCUGGUCUUCCAGAGCGAGGUGGGCGACCAGAGUGACGAUGAAGAAGAGGUGGAGGAAGGCCCUGAGUUACGGGAAUGGCGGAGCAGGUUCCGGGAGGAAAAGAUGAAAGUCAUCCAGCUGGAACUGCAACUGGACCAAAAAGCCAAAGACUGUCAGGUCUUCUCCAAGGGCUGCCAGCUCUUGAAGGAAAAGGUCUGGGACCAGGUACAGGAGAUCGGCCAGCUCCUGCCAGACCGGGAGGGCCGUGUCCGCGACUGGCGGCAGCUGAGCCAGCGCCUUAGCCAUGAUCCCACAGAUGGGGACCACUGCCUGGACCUUCUGGCCCAGCAGGUCCGAGAGCUGAAGGAGAGGAAGAAGCAGCAGGAUGCAGAGAAGGAGCUGCCCAAAGCUUCAACGCAAGGAGGGACCAGUCCCACCAAGCUCCAGCCCGCGACGGUCCGGUGGCCUGGUGAGGAAGAAGCUGAGGAACUGAAGUGCCUGCAGAGCCAGCUGGAGGCUGCCCUGGAGGAGAAGGCCACCGCGGUCAGGAGGGUGGAGGAGAUGGAGGGGCACAUGGAGAACAUGAGGGCCGUCAUCGGGGUCUUCGAAGCCAAGAAGAAGUCGCAGAAUGCGGCUCUUAAGGAGAUAGAGGCCCGGACGCAGCAGUUGGGCGACGAGAACCAAAAGCUGCGGGGGCUCCUGGGGAAGCACCUGGCUGGUCCUCCCGAGAGCAGGCUUGCCCAGGCGAAGGUGGCACAGUGCAUUAAGGAGAUGGAGGAGACCCAGUUCAAGGCCCGGGAGGAGAUGGCGGCCAUGUUGGCCGAAAACGAGGACCUGAAGAAGGAAGCCGAGGAUGCUGUCCGUAGCAGGCUGCAGUUCCAAGCGGUGCCAUCUGGCGCGGUCAAGAAAUGUGUCGCGGCCUGGAAGAAGGUGGUCACCGGCCUGGAGGGAGCUCUGGCUAAGCUGGAACAGGCCUGUUCGGCUCUCCUGGACAAAGCCCGGCCCCUCCAAGAAGCCAUUUUGGAGCCUCCUUCCAAAACCUUGGUCAACGGCAACGGUUUUCCUGAAGAAGAAAAGAAUGGUUCUGGCCAUGAGCCGGUCUGCUCAGAGACCCUCAAGGAGCUGCAGAAAAGCAGGGUAGAAAAGACCCUGCUCCAGAAUGGCCUCGCGGGGCAGGUGAAACUGAGGCCAAAACCUGAGGGGGUGGAAAACAAGGCCCGUCCGUGCCGAAGAAGCUCUGAUCUGGAGAAGGAAGUGUGGGACCUCAAGCAGAGCAAUGGCGGCCUGGUGCACGAGUUGGCCCAGCUGAGCCGGGAAAGAGAGAAGCUUCAGGGAGAACUCCAGAAGUUACAUAGCUCAGCAGAGGGCUCCCCUCGGGUGGAGGAGAAGACCAAGCGCCUGGUGGAAGAGCUGAGGCGGACGAUAGAGGCCUUGUCCUGUGAGCUGGCGCUAGAGAAGGAAGUGUCGGGCAAGCUGAGCCUGAAGCUGGAGGAGCAGAGGAAGGAGGUGGUGUUUGUGAGGAACAACUUCCUCAAGAAGGUGAGCCAUGAGGCCGGUGGCCUCGUCGGCGACAACCUGGACAGCUGCAUCUUGAAGGAGCUCCACUGGAAGCUGGACAAUGUGGUGAGGAAGCAGAACGAGGCCCUGCAGCUGGUCUCCGAGAUAGAAGAGGAGAACCGUGCCUUGGAGGUUGACCGAACCUUCCCACUGGAUCCCAGGAGCCCCGACGGUGACAAAACUGGCCAAGAGAUCUUCUUGGAGGCCUCUGAGGUCAUCGGAGAGAACUGGAGAGUCAGGGAGCAGAUGGCGGAACUGGAGAAAGGCUUGCAGGAGGUGAAGCAGUUGCUGGUUGCAUCCCAGGGGACUCCUGAGGGCCUCAAGGUAGCCAGCGUCAUGCAACUCCUGGACAAAGUCCUUGCCAAGAUGGCCGACCUGCGCCAGGAAGAAGACCAAGUCCUCGGCAAGUACGAGAAGAUCUGUAGCAUGCUGUCCACCAGGGCUCAGGUCCUAGGAGAGGAGCUGGCGGCCCUCCAGGAGAAAUAUGAGGAAGCUGCCGGAGCCUCUGCCCGCCACAAGGAAGCCCUGGACUGCCAACUGCGGAAGACUCAAGAACUGAUGGCUGAAGUGCUGGAGCAUGAGGAGGAAGUGGACGAGCUGAGAGGGAAGUCCCAGAAGUUGGAGAGCACGGUGGACAAGUUGAAUAAGAAGGUGGAUGACAUCGCUAGGAUGUGCCAGGAAAGAGACACCAAG